AUGGUGUACCUCAAAGCGCUAGUCUCCGCCACCGCCGCUGCGGGUCUGGCCCAAGCUUCCCUUCCCGGCUUGGACACGAUCCCCUCUCUGGGUCUGGGAACAUGGCUGUCGGACAAGAGCCAGGUGGCCCAUGCCGUGUCUUUUGCUGUUGGCGAGGCAGGCUACGAUCACAUUGACGCCGCCCUCAUCUACAGAAACGAGGACCAGACCGGCAAGGGCAUCGCCGACUCGGGCGUCUCGCGGAAGAACAUCUGGGUCACCAGCAAGCUCUGGAACUCGGACCACCGCGCCGAGCAGGCCGAGGCCGCCAUCAAGAAGUCUAUCGCCGACCUCGGUGUCGACUACCUCGACCUCUACCUCAUUCACUGGCCCGUCGCCUUCGUUCCCGGCGACCCGAAUAACAAGCUCGACGAGAAGACCUCCAUCGUCGACACCUGGAAGACGCUUGAAGGCUUCGUCAAGGCGAACCUCACGCGCCACAUCGGCGUGUCCAAUUUUGCCAAGGCCGAUGUCGAGAAGAUCCUUGAGGUCGCCGAGAUUAAACCCUUUGCGCACCAGUUCGAGACGCACCCGUACCUCCAGCAGCAGGAGUUUGUCGACUGGCACAAGGAGAAGGGCAUCAACGUCGUUGCGUACUCGCCGCUGGCCAACACCAACCCGACAUACAGCGAUGAGAUCCCCGCCAUCUACGAGGACUCGUUCUGGAAAAACAUUGCGGAGAAGAAGGGCGUCUCCGUGUUCCAGGCCGUUCUGGCGUGGGGCAUUCAGCGCGGCACCAUUGUGAUUCCCAAGAGCACCAAGGAGUCACACAUUGUUUCGAACCGCAAGGCACUCGAGAUCAAGUUCUCCGAGGAGGAGCUCAAGGAGAUUCAGAAGCAGGACAAGAAGCACAGGCUGAGCAACCCGAGCAAGAAGUGGGGCGUGAAGUUGUUCGCGGAUCUGGACGAUCCCACCAAGCUUGAUGAGAUGAGCGAGGAGCUGUGA